AGACAACCUCUUCCCGCAGCAGCCUCGUUACCUUUCGCAACUCAAUCCGCGAUGGAGGUGGGAGCCAGUCUCGUCGCCUUCAUCGGCUUCGGGCUCACAUCCAUCAAAACCUUUCACAAGUUCGUUACGAGCAUCAAAGAUGGGCCGCAGAGGCUGCAGGACCUCGCACGCGCGCUCGACAGUCUGCGGGCGGCAUACGAGCGAACCCAGGCCCUCCAAGAGUUGCCCGGCAUCCUGGAGUCCAGUCCUUCCUUGUUGGAGCAGCUGAGGCGAUGCAACGACGACGUCGACAGGUUCAGCAAGACCCUCGUCAAGAUGCAGAUACAGCCGGGCGAAAGGCUGUACAGCACGCUGCGGAAGAAAUUUAAGCUGCCGCUCUGCGAAGACGAAAUCAGAGACAUGCUGAGCAUCUUUUCGGGGCAUGUCAGCAGCUUCACGCUUGAAAUCAGCGUUCUGGAUAUCCGAAUCGCGCACAGCAACUCUUCUGGGAUCUCGCAAGUCAUUACAGGGACUGAGCAUCAGUCCAACAUGAUGAAGCAGCAGCACACGAGUCUCAAGGAGAUCAAAGAAGAUGUGUUUCGUUCCAGCUCGCAGAUCGAACACGUCCAGACUGUCGUCAACGCUCUGGCACUGAAAGUCGAAAACUUGCCGGCCGUAUCCACCCAGCACUCCACGUCGAUUCUUGACAUGCUUGUCAACCUCGAAGGGAAAGUCAACGAGUUGUCGUUGCGAGAACAGCAGAUGUUCGAUGAUACCUUGAGAUCUGUCAGCGCCUUCGACAUCGCCCCUUGUUCUGGGCGAAACAUGGAGAGCAGCAAUGCCAGGGUGGUGGGCAGCAUCCACCGAUUAUCUGCCCUACUCGACAAAAAGAACCGAGAUGCCAAAUCCGACGAAACUCAAGACAUCAUUGAUGAUCUCGAGACACUGCUUCAGCAGAUGGACAUGGUCUUUCAACAUGUUGAACCAGGGGAGCUGAUGAGCCAUAGGAAAGGCUUUCGCGGCGUAGAAAAGGAUCAUUGCAUGGAUAUGAAGCAGGCUAUUAAGGUCUUGAAAGGCAGCCUAAAGCUAAAACUCAACCCUCAAACCUGGAGCCAACGUGGUCCACUCAGUGGGAAAAUAACGAAAAGAAAAGAUAACAUUGCGCUGUAUCAAAGUCAACUUGGGGACUGGUUAGUCUCAACAAGAAGACAGUGGCGGAGCUGCGGAACUCAGGCGGAGGACAAAGAACACCAGAAAUACUCCGCCACCAUAUCUUUCAAGCCAACAGCCCAAGGUGGCUCGCAUCAUAUCAAAGUCUCCAUACAGCAGCUGCAGCAAGCAAAUGGCUUUUAUGCAUUUACCCCGGUCGUUUCAAUUGGACGGAUACGACCUAGCAACUCUCGCGUAUUUCAAUGCAUUAAGUUGGGAUUAUUUGACGAAUUCUUUCGAUUGAUCGCGACAGGGGAGGCCUCAUUGCAAGACCGAGACGAGAAAGGGGCGCCACUGCUUCACAACACCUUCAACUGUUUGCUUGCUGCAGGUGCCGAUCCAACACUUCGGUGCAAUGGGAACCCAAACCAGGGAGAGCUGCAUUUUUCACUCGCUUCAUAUGGCGAUGAACCCGUGUUUGAGAGCCUACUCAGCCUUGACGGAAUCUUCUUUAACGUCAACGAUCGAGACACAGAUGGGCAAACCUUGCUGCACCACUCUCUUCUUUACGCCAGAACAGCGCACAUCAGCGCCUUGAUUAAGCUUGGAGCAGAUGUUAAUGCGAAGAGUUUCUCGGGGCAGAGCUGUUUGCAUUAUUUUAUGCAGACAUUACGAAUGAUAGAUUUCGGCUUUGGUAGUGAUGUUGCCGCGCUUGCCAUUUUGAUCGAAGCAGGCGCUGAUAUUUUCUCUCGAGAUAACGAAGGUCGCUCAAUCUGGGAAACAGCCACUGAGAACCAAGAAGAAGGAAGUUAUGCCAGAGACGCACUGGACAGUGUGCUGGUUUCCUACGGUUACCACGCGGAAGUUUCCCGGUUUGCAGAGGAGGUACCUCGGCAUGCCAUCUAUGUCAGAGAUUGGUACAGUCGAGAUGACUUCGAAAAAUUGUGGGCGGGGAACGAGCAUCUGUGCCCAUACUACGACGAUGAAGCUUUCGGCCUCGGUCGGGCGUCUUUCAGACAUCAUGGUAGACAUGACGAAUCUUCGGAUUCUUCGUACGACGUGGAAGAAUUAAAAGAGAAAGAAUAUGGUAACACGGGAAGUGAAGAGAACGAGUAUUCUGACAGUGGAGAGGACGAGGUAUUAGAGAGUGAAGAAGGUGAAAAACCUGCGAGUCAACAAACGGAGCCGGACGAAGCCACCAGUCCCCUCGAAGGUUCACUCACCGGGAUUGCAAAGCAGAUGGAUAGCGAGCCAGAAAGCCCGACAGGUUCUGGAAGUCAGGAUUCUCCCAGCCGAUACCUCCACGAAGUUCCCCGGGACAACGGACAACAGGUGCCUCUUUCGGCCUCUGUCGCAAGCUGGCUCUCGACAUCCCGAUCUCCAGGGGAAACUGUGUUGAGCAAUGCCUCGCCUCGGGGCCAUGGGGCGGUUUCCCAUGGGGUAGUUUCCCAUGUUUUCGAUGCCGAGCAUGCGGAUGAGAUCUUCCACAACCCCUGGACGGAAGGGUGAUGGGCACAAAAAGAUGUGCGUGUGCGUUUGCGUGUCUGCCUUCAUUCCUCAUAUAUAAAGC